CAAUUCUUUUUCAUCUAAAUCAACCACCUGUCUCUUUCGCCUCUCUUUGGAUCGUUUGAACCGCCUCUCUUCCUCCACACAAAAGGGGACCUCAUCGUAUAUACAACAACACACACAUCAAUCUCUCCUUAUUUCCCAAAUUGAAUCAAUUAGGGCAAAAUUUCAAAGAUGUUGAAGCACAUCGGAAAUCGAAUUCUAGGGUUAGGCCAACGAUCGCCGGUGACGGCGGCGCGGGGAGUGUUGCCCCGGCUAUAUCAUGAAAGAGUGGUGGACCAUUACAAUAAUCCCCGAAAUGUCGGGUCGUUUGAUAAGAACGACCCGACUGUUGGUACGGGGCUAGUCGGAGCUCCUGCUUGUGGAGAUGUGAUGAAGCUUCAAAUCAAGGUGGAUGAAGAGGGGAAAAUUACGGAUGCUUGUUUCAAGACCUUUGGUUGUGGCUCUGCUAUUGCUUCUUCUUCCGUCGCAACUGAAUGGGUGAAAGGGAGACAAAUGGAGGAAGUACUUUCUAUCAAGAACACGGAGAUAGCAAAACACCUCUCCCUUCCACCUGUUAAACUGCACUGCAGUAUGCUCGCUGAGGAUGCAAUUAAGGCUGCAGUUAAGGAUUACGAGACGAAGAAGGCAAAAUUUAAUGGCAAUGCAGAAACUGCAUCAACUGAAAAAACAGCUUAAUGAAGGACAUUCACACAAUGAAGUUGAGCAUGAGAAUGAAGAUCAGGGAUGUACAUGUAUGUAGUGUACCCUGGAUUUUCAUAGAUGUAAAUUAGCUCUCUUACUGUUCUGUUUGUGGUGUUGUUACUUUGGAUGAAGAUUGAACUUGCUUUUGCAAGUUUCUGUUACCCACGUCGCUUAGACGUUGUUGACUAAGCUACAGAAUAGUAGUACUAUGUUUGCAAAUAAUUUACGGUGGUUCAUUAGAGCCCGUGACCAAUAUGUAGUAGAUGCAUAUCAUCGGUUUUACUUUAGCUGUAAUAUUGAAUUGAAAAUACGAGUGUGACUUUCGAUAGUUUUGUUUUCUGAA